AAGUUAUAGUCCUUGUUAUUGACGAUUUUAGAGUAAUAAAAGAGACUAAGUUGAACUAUUACCGAAAUUCCUUUCCUAUAAUUUGCAAAUUAUUUCGAUUUCCAUCACCCGAAGGAGCGAAGAUUACAAGCAUGGAAAAAGAUAUUGAGUUUGAUAAAUCCCUUCAUAUAAAAUUUAGAAAAUGUAUACAGCAUAUCUCAUCUUUUCUUUAUGAGAAACACUUAAAUUUAGAAAUCAUCAGUGCGUCUGGAUUUCGAUCUACGAAAAAUGGCGACGAAAUUGUUCGUGAACCAUGCAUUGUGUUUUAUUGUGCCUGUAAAGGGAUAAUACCGUUUGGAGAAUCAGAAUUCCCGAGGAAUAUCUACGAUUUUAACACUGAUGUUAGGGAGGGAUUCUUUUAUCAAUUUCCUAAUGAUGGAUUUUUCAAAAGGUCCACAGAUGUUCUUGAUCCGUUGAUGAUGGGUGGAAGCAUAAGCUCAAAGGAUUUUUCAAAAGGAGGAACUCUUGGAGGAUUUGUAACUUUAAACAAUGGCAAUAUAGGAUUCAUUACGUGUGCCCAUGUACUCUUUGAUUUAUCACGUCUUUGCCGUGAAACAGAACAUUUUGAUGUCGUACAGCCUGCUUAUACUUAUAAAAAUACCAACAACGUUUGUCGUAUUCAUGAAUUAUCCUGUUUCCCCACAACACCAUUCAAAGGCUGCACACUUGACGUUUCACUUGUGAAACUUACAAAUCGAAUACCUGAGAAAGGACUGUUUUCAGAUCUAAGCAUUGAAGACCUGCUUGAGAAUGGGUUCAACAUGGAAAAUAUUCCUGAAUAUACUGAAGGUACUAUACGGGAUUAUCGCCAGGAUCACUUUGCUCAUCUUAGAGACCCUUGUUUCAAAUGGGGAGCAAAGACUGGGUUCACAAGAGGUGCGCUACGUCUAAAUGGAAUAUCUGUCAGAUGGUUCAACGAUGUAAUAGAUCUAGGACAACCACCAUCCAGGUAUUCAUUUGUGUACCAUUCCCAACUUGAAUGUUUGGGAACCGGUACAUCUUUUGCCCUUCCUGGAGAUUCUGGAGCACUUGUUUUUCAGCUUGAUCCGAUAGCAACAAAAAACGACCAACAUCGCUUUCAUUGCAUUGGGAUGAUUGUAGGCGGUACAUCAGAUUACAAAACAGUAGUAACUCCUAUUGGACCUAUACUUGAAGCUUUAAACGUAAAAAUGCACACUUUUCCUCAAGAGAAAAUGGAUGAAUCUUAA